AAAAAAAAAAAAAAUGAGUAGCCUAUUUGUUGAGCUGGAGCCUGGAGGAAAUGCGUGGACCGUACAUGGUCAAAACGAGAAAUAAUCACCCAUCACCGUUAAGCCGUUGACCAUCUCUUAGUUUCUUUCUUUCUUUCUUUUUUUACUUUGCACUGCUUUUCAAAAACUAAUUCUUUAACGUCAAUAAUGGUUCGAACUGGACCGCUGCCGUUCCUGUAUUCGGAGGAAAGUAGUAGCUUCACAAUAAAACCAGCCGCAAAAGAACUGACCAAUAUCAAUUUCAUGACGCCAGCGUGGAGGACUCCGGUUGUAGACAGCGGCGACGGGAGUACGGAAGGAUGGAGAGUUUUCAGGUUCUGCUGGAUCAUCUUCUUCUUCCGCUUAUAUCUCAUUUAGUUGCGGUAUUUGAAAAGGAAGGAAAUUUUCGCUUCGAAAGAAUAAUUUGACCUCCAUAAAAAGAGAGAAGGUGGAAAAAGAAAAGUUUAUAGUGGUACAGUGUUAGACUACCUAAUUUUGAUCGUUCUUUAACUUUCUUUUCUUGUUCUCACGGCGGAGAGAUCCCCGGCCACCGCAGAGGUUAAGUCAACAUGAGCGGUUCGCAUGUUGUCAGUCUUGGUGCAUAUGAGGGGGAGGUUUCUAGUUUGAAUCCAAGCUCAAGCAGCAUCAUGAGCGGCAACCAAGCAUCUCAUGAUGAAAUUAUACUGAUUGAUGAGCAGGUCAAUUCUCAAGAUGCUUCUGCCAUAGCACCAGGAUUGCCUGGAGAUGAGGAGAGAUUGUCUGUAGUAGCCCAUCAGGCUGAGUUGACAUCUAGUGCCUUUGCCAUUGAAAAUAAUGGCCAUGGCUCUAGAACUCCAGUGGCUCCCGAUAGACUACUAGCAAUACUUAAUGAAACUGGGAUGGAUUUGAAAAGUAUGAAUCUUGCUUCUGCCAAUGUAUCUGGCACUUUGUUAACAGAUUGGCAUGAUAAAGAUCUAUCACAAACUCGAAAAAUUCUGCUGGUCGUCUCAGCGUUGAGUAUUAUUGUUGGCUAUUGUUCUGCACAUAUCCGUACCUUUAUGUCCAGACAAGACACAAGACUUGCUAGUUGGAUAUUGACUAGACUUGCAUGUGCUGGAGCUGCUGUUGGUUUUAUAACAUCCAUGAGUAUGUUCUUGGAUGAUCCGCUAAACUUGUGGGUCAGCCUUGUUGCUUGUGCAAUUUGCUUAUACACUUUGCUGAUGGUUUAAUUGUGCAAAGUGUGCGGGUCAGCUUUGUUACUUCGGCAAUUUGCUUCUACCCUUUUCUAAGGGUUUAGUUGGUUAUUGAUCUUGCCGACCUCAAUUGGUUGUCAGCGGAUGCUCUUCUCUUCUUGCCGACAAUUGCCUCAAUUGGUUGUCAGCGGAUGC